ACGAGUCUCAGCAACUAACUUUCCAUUCUGCUUCGACUCAUCAGCGGCCAAACACGCGACGAUGACCGGCGUUGAUUACGGCGAAGGCGACUCCGUCAACAAGGUUCCGACCGUCAAGUUCACCAAGCUCUUCAUUAACGGAAAUUUUGUUGACUCCGUAUCAGGAAAGACAUUUGAGACGAUAGAUCCAAGAACAGGGGACGUGAUAGCGAGGAUCAGCGAGGGAACCGAAGAAGACAUCGAUAUUGCCGUAAAGGCCGCACGUCAGGCAUUUGACUUCGGCCCAUGGCCCCGUCUACCUGGAGCUGAGAGAGCAAAAAUUAUGAUGAAAUUGGCAGACCUAAUCGAUGAAAACGUAGAAGAACUAGCAGCACUAGAUGCCAUUGAUGCUGGCAAGUUGUACCAUAUGUGUAAGAAUAUGGAAGUUCCAGCAGCAGCAAACACUCUACGUUACUAUGCAGGUGCUGCUGAUAAAAUUCAUGGAGAGGUAUUAAAAAUGGCCCGCGAGUUUCAAGCAUAUACAUUGAUGGAACCAGUUGGUGUUGUGGGACACAUAAUUCCCUGGAAUUUCCCCACUACCAUGUUCUUCAUCAAGGUUAGCCCUUCUUUAGCUGCUGGGUGCACCAUGGUCCUCAAGCCUGCUGAACAAACACCUCUCUCUGCUUUGUAUUAUGCCCAUCUUGCUAAAUUGGCUGGAAUCCCGGAUGGAGUAAUCAAUGUAGUGCCUGGAUUUGGUCCAAUUGCUGGUGCUGCAGUUAGCUCACACAUGGAUAUUGAUGCGGUCAGCUUCACUGGGUCAACAAAAACUGGCCGUGAGAUAAUGCAGGCUGCUGCUAAGAGUAACUUAAAACAAGUAUCACUUGAAUUAGGAGGCAAGUCACCCCUUAUAAUUUUUGAUGAUGCUGAUAUAGACAAAGCUUCUGAGCUUGCUCUAUUGGGAAUCUUAUAUAACAAGGGAGAAGUUUGUGUUGCAAGUUCCCGUGUGUUUGUGCAAGAAGGAAUAUACGACGAAUUUGAGAAAAAAUUGGUAGAAAAGGCAAAAGCUUGGAUUGUUGGGGAUCCUUUUGAUCCUAAAGUUCAGCAAGGGCCUCAAGUUGACAAGAGACAAUUUGAAAAAGUUAUUUCAUAUAUUGAGCAUGGGAAGAGAGAAGGAGCUACCCUUUUGACCGGGGGAAAAACUUUGGGCAACAAAGGCUACUACAUUGAGCCCACAAUUUUCUCUGAUAUAAAGGACGAUAUGCUUAUAGCACAAGAUGAAAUAUUUGGCCCUGUGAUGGCGCUGAAGAAGUUUAAGACUAUUGAGGAAGCAAUUAAGAAUGCAAACAACACUAAGUAUGGCCUAGCAGCAGGCAUUGUGACCAAGAACUUGGAUACUGCAAACACAGUGUCAAGGUCCAUUCGUGCAGGCACUAUUUGGAUCAACUGUUAUUUUGCCAUAGGGGAUGAUGUUCCUUUUGGAGGAUAUAAAAUGAGUGGAUUUGGAAAAGAUCAUGGAAUGGAAGCCCUUUACAAGUAUCUACAAAUUAAAUCAGUUGUAACUCCCAUUUACAAUUCUCCUUGGCUUUGAAUAUCUCCCAGUCACGACCUAUCAAUUUUCAUCUAUCAUGAAUCAUAAACAUUCACCUUUUGAGCAGUGAUAUUAGCAACAGUU